CACAUGCACUCUCAAGCCAUUCUUCAAAAAACAUCAAAAAGGCUACUUUGUUUUGGUCUUCUGAUCACUAGUCUUCUUCUUCUUCUUAUACUUCCAAGUUUCCUCUAAUUGAGCUUUUUCCUUUUUACCAUCCAAGAACCUCCAACAAAACAAACACACACACAAAUCUUGCCAAGUUGCAUAUGAAAUUUUAGACAAACAAAUGGCAUUAGAGACAAUAAUAUAUCCACAUGGGCAAAUUGGUAACUUUGGAUAUGAUUAUAUGUUACAAGAAGAUCAUAUUUUUGGUGGCCUUUUGGAGGCUACGAAUAAUAUUAAUCAUCAGCAAAUAUCAGAUGCAUAUUGGGGGGAUUACUCUUCAUCUUCUUCAGUAAUGCAUGUCAAUGACCCAUGGGAUCCUAAAUCUUCGCCGGAAGAGUGUACCGGCGGUGACAUGAAGAUGGAAUCACCAACUGAACCAGAACCAACCACCGCGGUUGGCCGGAGAAAGCGCAGGCGCACCAAGAGUGGUAAGAACAAGGAGGAGUUGGAGAAUCAACGGAUGACUCAUAUUAAGGUGGAGCGCAACCGCCGGAAACAGAUGAACGAAUACCUUGCUGUUAUCCGGUCGCUCAUGCCAUCUUCUUACGUUCAAAGGGGUGAUCAAGCAUCAAUAGUUGGAGGAGCCAUAAAUUUUGUAAAAGAAUUGGAGCAACAACUACAAACCCUAGAGGUUCAAAAAAGAGCCACCAUCAAUGGUUACUCUACACCACCACCCCCACAGCCCUUUGGUUAUUUCUUUUCAUUCCCACAAUAUUCUAUUCAUCGAACUAGCGACGACGCUGGUGGUUCAGCGACCACCACCAAUAACCGGCUUCCGGCUAUGGCUGACAUUGAAGUUACAAUGGUGGAAAGCCAAGCAAACAUUAAGAUACUAUCAAAGAAACGGCAUAGCCAGCUCUUGAAAAUGGUGGCUGGUCUACAGUGUUUAUGGUUUACUGUUCUUCAUCUGAAUGUCACAACUGUUGAGGAAAUGGUUCUCUACACUGCUAGUGUCAAGCUUGAGGAUCGAUGCCAACUGAGUACAGUAGAUGAGAUUGCAGAUGCUGUAAAUUGCUUGUUGUUCCAAAUUGAAGAAGAAUCACGAUGUUCUAAUUAAUUACUCCCAAUUAGUUUUUUUUUUUUUUUUCUGAUAAUAAUAUGGGUUUUUAGUUAAUUGUAAUCUCCCAAAGCUAUUACCUAUUAGUAGUAAAGUGUAUUUUUAUCUGUUUUUUGUACUUUGUUUUAAUAAUAUCUGGUUUAGAGAGAUGUAAUUGAAGGUUUAAACAUUAA